UCCGGCCGCGAGUCCAUCUUUUCUGGGGAGAAUAAUAACAGGGUGGAGGAUGUUUUCAGCUCAGCCGAGAUGACUGCUCUGUGUCGUGUCUGAGAGCGGCAGUGAAGCGUCCUCUUAUGGCGGGACUGGCGCAUUUGGUGCUGCGUGUUUCGGGAUCGUACGGCGUGUUUUCUAAAGGUCUCAGCAGGACUUUGCUCAUCUUCUUUGAUCUCGCCUGGAGACUCAGAGUCAGGUUCCCAUAUCUGUAUGUCAUCGCCUCCAUGAUGUUCAACGUGCGGCUACAGGUUCACAUUGAGAUUCAUUGAUUGGCUUAGAAGCAUCGCCGGAUCUCAGAUUCACCUGCACUCAAUAAUGACUGUCGGUUCUGUGUUCGUCAGUGAAGCGCACGAAUCUCCUCUAGCAGAAGAAAACAUGCUGACGGGAAUAUUCCCGACACAGCGGACAUCAGCUUCAUCCCAGAGCGUUCACAGGAAUGUAUGAUGAGGAAUCUCGUGUUACUUUUUAGACAGGUAAA